UGUACCCAUUGUGGGUGUAACAGGUGAUUACAGUCAAGCAUAUCUGCAAGCAUUUCUGCGUUGGUGUAGCUAGCUAGUUUACAGAAGAAAAAAAACCCGUUUUUUUGUAUUUCUACCGAUAACUGUGACGGCCAUACAUCCAGUCAAUUUGUUUACAGAUUUAUUUCCGCCAACAUCUUCGAAAAUAACAUGGAGAGAGACUCAGCCGGUACUGCAGAAAAGAUCCAGCCGGCUUCGUCUUUGAGGAACAAUAUUAAUGAAGACACCUGCGCAGCUAAUUCCCUUAGCUCCCAGGUUGAGAUCUGUGGUACUACUGAUGUCGCAAAGGCCAGGUGGACUCUACUGAGACAGGUGCUGCGUCAGAAGCAGGUGGACACUCCAGAGGUCAAACAGGUGUCUGUUCGCAGGUUCGCAACGUUUGACCUUUUCAGCAGGAAGAGGCUUCUGACACAAGAUCCUAGUGAUACCUCAGAUGACCAAUGGGUGGAGUACAGAAGUGUCUACUUUCCAGAGUAUAGUGCCUUGCUCAGGGAUAACCUGGGACCUAUCCGAGUUAAUGAAGUGCUCAACAGUUUUGACAACACCGGUAAUGUCUGUGUGUGGCCGUCUGAAGAGGUGAUGGCUCAUUAUUGUCUGCAGAAACGUCACAUGUUCAAGGGUGCAGUGUGCGAGUUAGGAGGAGGUAUGACUUGUCUUGCUGGGCUCAUGGUUGCCAUUUGUGCUGACGUGAAGGAAGUUCUGCUAUCAGAUGGGAACGAGAAGUCCAUUCAGAAUGUACGAGGGCUGGCUGAGAGAAACAGGAAAGCUGGAAAGUUUGGGUCAACACAGGUAUCUGCCAGGGUGGUGAGGUGGGACUGUGAGUCAGACAUUACGGCAGUAGAGGGUCACUUUGACAUUGUCAUGUGUGCAGACUGUUUGUUUCUCGACCAGUACAGAGCCAGCCUGGUUGAUGCUAUAAGGAGAUUACUGCAACCCAACGGCACCGCGUUGGUGUUUGCUCCACUGCGAGGUGAAACUCUGAGACUGUUUUGUCAACUUGCCCAGCAGGCCGGACUCUGCGCCUCUCAACACCAGCAGUAUGAUGCUCAGGUCUGGGAUGUUCACUUAAAGAUGCUGACAGAGGGAAAAGAUGCAUACGAUGAGAACAUCCACUAUCCUCUCCUCAUCACCUUGACCAAAGCACCUCAACCUGUCAACCACACUCAAUAAACCAAAACAAGUGAGCCCUCAGCUCUACACAGCACCACUCCACAUGCUUUUGGAUAUUUGAGAUGGAAUAAUGCUACAUGAGUCAUGUCAACACUGUGAACCAUGAGUGAUCUAAAUGAGGAGGAAGAAUUUAACUGAAAUAGAAGUAUUAAAAUACAGUAAGGUCAUCAAUAUCAAGUGUUCAGUCACAGAUAUUUAAGACAUUUUUCUAUUGGCCACAGAGGAUUUAUUAUCAGAUGAUGCAUGGCUUUGGACAGUAUUUAAGCAAGCAUGUUUUGUAGUUUGAAGUGUAGAAGAACAAUCUAAUUUCCAAAGCAGUGGGGAUACGUUUACUGUGGCUGAAGAGGAAGAAAAGGAGAGGCGUCUAUAUUCCGACCUAUGUUUUUACCAAUCUUUCAUAUGCAAAAUAACUAGUGUCAGUCUCCAAAAUAGUCACUCAGUCAUUUAUACCUUUAAUCAAUUGGCCUCAUCCCUUUAGUUAAUCAGCCAUCAAGGAAAGUGAACCACAUUGCCAAACAGUCAUCUCGUCAGCCAGUCAAGUAACCAGUCUAUUCAAUUACCUAAUAUGGUAGUUAAUAAGCCAGUAUUCCAGUCAUCAUUCCAGCCAACAAGCCAGUCAGUUGUUUAGUCAGUCAGUUACAUGGACAUUUCCUCCAUCAGUCCUAUUGUAGGUGUCAGUUGGCCCUAUUUAACCUGGCAGUAUUAACCUAUGCCACUGUGUUUCUGGCCCCAGCAUGGAGGCCAGCUCUAAUUCAUUAACUAUCACAUACUGUGGAGCGGCUCACAGUUUCCUUUGUGUUUCCUUUAUUUCUCUUUGUUCCCUUCUUCCCCCGCUUUAAUUUCUUCUAAUACCACUCAUUCAUCCCAGUCAGAGGUCAGUAUUAAGAACUUCUUUUGUGCAUUACUUACAACAGUACAUUAACAUAUUAAGGUCCGUUCAGACUCGGGAGUAAUUGUUGCUGCCUAGGAGCUACAGCUUGCAAAUUACACAGCAACAUCACCACCACGGAUACAAGUAGUCCAUACUACAUAGUGCUGUUAUUAAAGUUUACAAAGCUCUGUUGGUGUUAUCUGUUUGAACACUACAAUUCCACCAACAUUAACUCUAACUUUACUGGUAAUUUGUUAAAAGGUUUGCCACUGAUAAAAGUCCAAAACAAUUGUGUCUCACACAUAUCAAUAUGGGUCAGCAAUGGAUAUCAAACAUAUUUGGUAACAGAAGUGGGGCUCGCCAACUGAAUCCUACGUCACUUUACUCACAAACAUUUAGCUUUUCAGAGCCACAACAAUCAGAUCCUGUGGCAGCUUAGUCUGAACCCACCUUCAGGAAGUGUGUGUGUGUGUGUGUGUGUG